UAGUGUAUUAAAUCAGUAAUUCAAUUAAUAUUUAUGAUAAGAGUCUAGCAGCACAGACAGAGACUAGAAAAACCUAUAAAGAACUAUUGGAAUUAAAUAAAUAAAAAUAAGAUAUUAAUUCAUUUGACUGAUGACACUUAGAGUAUAAAUACAAAAUACACAUUACAAUACAUUAAUAUAUAUAGCUAUGUUAUGCAAAUAUUGAGUAUAUUACAGGUGUGAGUAUGAAUACUACACAUAUCAAAAUAUUACAUGUUAUAUAUAAUAUAUGUGCAGUAUAUGUAAUAUACAUACACCGUACUUAUGGUACAGCAGCAGUUUACACCUUUUUCCUGCAGAUUGUCAAUCAUCUUGCUUAUGAUCUGGCACAUUUAAGUAUAGCCCUCCAAGCAAAGGUGGUUAAAUACUUCUAACCACCUUUGCAGCUUGUCUCACACUAUCCCAUCUGUCCCAUGUCUCCACUAUACGCUCUCCACCACAACAGACAGCAAAAGCAGAUUUUGGCUCAAAGGGAGGAAGGUUUUCUCAUCUGGCCCUCUCCAUAUGGUGCCCCCUCUUGUAUGAACAAGUGUGUGCUUUCUAUCUGACUGUACUAACCCAGUUCCCAUGUUCUCUGGCUGCACCAGAAACCCCAUUUUCCACGCAUGCAUGAGCGAACGAAUGAGUGAUCCCACCCCAUCCCCGACCCCCUCCACCUCCGAAAUUACCGAGCUGGCCGACUCGCAGCGGGAGGGUCGAGGUGUGGAGGAGGAGGAGGAGUUGGAGGAUUUGGAGGACCUGGACGAUGAUAUCUUUUUGGACGACCCGAGCUCGGAGCUCGGGGGAGAGGAUGAGGAUGAUGAUGAUGAUGAUGAUGAUGAUGAUGAGGGCGAGCUCUGCCGAGGCUCCGGCGAAGGCCUGGACCCCUUUUACGACCGCUCACCAUUAUUCAGUGUAGUGGGAAGGUUGGUGAGGUUUCGGGAGCAUGCUGGUGGAGGAAACUAGCUCUUUCACGCUGAGACGCUGGGUCCGUUUUCCCUCGAUAGAUCAGCGCAGACUAAAUGACAUAAAAACACAAUAUAACAACACAGAUGCAGUAUUUCCUCACACAGCCCUCACUCUGUUGAGAACUGUGUGUGCGUGAGUUGGGGGAGGACAUAAAAACACCCUCACGUGAGUGUCUUUUAUUUUCUGAUGUGGCACCCACACAUUUUCUGCCUACAUUAGCCUCCUUUUGGUUGUAUGAACAUUUGGGGCAACUAAACUAUAAUAUAACAUCAGUGUGGAAUUGGCACAUUUUAGUUCAGUAGCUUCAGUGGAGAUUUAGAAACUUUAACAAUGUUUUUUUUGGUGGUUGGAUUUUCAUUUCAUCAUCUUCUUUAACGCUGGCUGCUUGGUUAGUACUCCAAAACAAAUUUGCCCCUUAAGUUUCCCCUGUCUCAGUCUUCAAUGUCAC